AAACUGGUCACUCUAUAACGUGUUUCCGUUGUGUUAGCACAUAUUCUGAAUAAGUUUCUCAAUAUGGCACGCAUCACAGAGGUUCAAAUAACAAAUUUCGAUAACAUUGAAAAGACAGCUGUUUUCAAAGAAUUUGUUCAACAAAACAUUUUGGCUGGACUGUUCGUAACGGCGAAGAAAAGUGUCGCUAAAGCAAUCUUCUUUGGACUAGGCGCUACGACUGAACAACUUUCAGUUACUCAUUAUGAGGAUCUCAAACAUACUUCUGCCUAUACUACGUAUGUAGUGCUCACAUUGAAAUACAAUGAGAAGGAUUACAUCUUUGAACGAAAGCUAUUGAACCAAAACGAACAAUACUUUGUGUACAAUACUAUGUCCGUUGACGAAGAAGCAUAUCAGGCCAAGUUAAAAAUGCUUGACUUUGAUAUGGGUAAGCAGAUGCUGUUCUGCGACAGUUCAAACGGCCUUUGCAAUAUGCUAGCGUCACGACCACUCGAUUUGAUGAGUACUAUCACCGGUUUGAAAAAACAAACUAAUGCUGCGGUUAAGCACUUUCGUGCAAUCAACGGAUUGAAGAAGAAUGUGGAUACUUGCAAAAAGUAUGCCAGUCGAUUGAUCAAUGGCACAAACAAUCUGAAUGAGGCAUUACCAGAAUUUCAAGAGUCACACGCUGCCGAAUUUGCUGCGUACACAAUGUCAAACUUGAAACGUGAAGAAGCAGAAAGAGUAGCAAGGAAAACCGAAUUGGCGACAGUGCAAGAUCAGUUAGAUGCAUUGAGCGGUGUCAUUCAUAACUUCAAGGCGACCAUUGAACGAGAAAGCGAACUUCGCAAUCGAAAAGUCAGAGAUAAUCAGGCUAUGCUUGAGCAACUUGAGCAAUCACAAGUCGCGCCUCAGGACGUAAAAGAUAAUAAAUUGAUACUGAGCAUACGUAAGAUGAUUCUUGAACGUUCGUUGGUGCAAGGACAGGAGCGUUUCAAAAUGGCUAACAGGCUAUUAACAGAGCUCGAGCGACUUAAAAGCGAAUCCGAAUCGAAUAUAACAUUCAUGAAGGGUGCAUCUGGAACAUACUGGAAAAGUAGAAUGAUACCAAGAGCGGGUUUGCUUAAACUCUAUCCCAUGUUCCACGGCAGCGAGGAAUUGGAUAUGGACAAAAUUGAACUACAAUUAAUACUGAAAAAGGGAGAGUUGACAAAGAUGAAGAACGAGCACGAAAUUUUUAAUUUUUUCGAACAAGUUUUACCGCAGCGCAAAAUGAAGGAAAUGGCAGAACCGAAAAGCAUUGAAGAAAUACUUGCCAAGUGCAAUGCGGCGGUAAGAAACAUUUUUCAUCCGAAGGCGUACAUGCCAUCGAACGACGAACUGAAGUUGAAGAAGCUACGUUCGUUGAUUCCUCAAAACAAAGGUUUCUUGUUAAAUGGAACAUUACGUGCGAUUGAUGAACAGCACCAGGCUUUCAUCGAUACAAUUUUGGAGGAUUAUUCGUCUGUGAUCGUAUUGUUCAAAGACACGACUGUAUCCAUGGAUGAUACUUUAAAAAAGGAGUACGCGGAAUGGUAUCCGAAUGUGACAUUUUUGGUGCUCAGUGAGUUACCAGAACCGAAAAGCAGAGUAGGGUAUGUGGCACCACAGGACCAUUGGUUGAACUACUGUACAUUCACUCACAAACAUAUCGAUGAUAACAACCGUCGCAAGCUGAUGUUUUACUUGGGUAAACAGCUUGAGAUCUACAGCGUCGAAUCCGGUCACGAAGUCAAGGAAGCAUUCCGACAUGGAACAAAGAAAUAUGUUGCUUCAUUGGAUGGUCGGUACAUGUACGCUCGUAACAGCUUUGGAAUUGACAUAAUAAGAUAUAUCAAACCUGGAAAGACACCGAAACGCAUGGAAUUCGGUGAGUCAUGUCAACGCCUGGAAGAUUCAAUCCGUAAGCUCAGCGAAUUUACGUUCACAUUUAUGGAAACAGAUAAUGUACCACGUCAGCCACCAGUGUCCAACACCACCGCUCUCGAAGCAGAAGUGGAUAAGCUCGAACAAGAGUUUGCUGAAAAACAGCAACACAAGAACGAUCGAAUGAAAGCUCUGCACCUUCUAAUAAAUGCACCGUACGAGGCACCGGACGUGCAAAAUUAUGCUGAUGCUCUGGUAGCCGAACAACGCAGACUGGACCAUAUCAAUGGACAAAUAACUACAGCCCAAGAUGAAAUUACGCGGCUCACAACAGAAGCUACGUCUUUGUUAGCGAAAAUAGAUGGACUGAGAAAAUACAUCGAAGUGAAAGGAAAAAUUGCUGUGAAUGAACAGGAUAUUGGUAAACACAACAAAACGAUCAAAGAGAGCGAACAGCAAAUGAUACAGCUAAACAUGAGAGUUGCGCAACUUCAAUUGAAACAUGAGAAUUUGCUACAAACAGUAAAGUCACUCAAAUACAAGACUAUAAAAACGGUCCUACAAGCCCAUCAGGCAAACAUAGAUUGGACUACUGUCGAUUGCAUCACGGAGCCACGGACACUUUGGCAAGACAUACAAAAUGGGAUCUACAUAGACCCACUGGUGAUGCAGAUCAACUUCAGUGACAUGAACGACACUUUCGAUCCAGACGUUUUUUAUGCGACAAGCGGAUGGUAUGCGGUACGAGAUCUAUGUCAAGAAAAGGCAACGGAAAUGAAUGUGAUAUAUAGUGCCACUAAAGCAAAAUUAGAAAAUUCGGAAAGACGGUACAAGAACCUGCGAUGCAUCAUCCUCAACAAAUGCAAGCAUGCUAGCAUGCUAAUCAACACAAUAUUGAAUGAUAUUGGUAAAGAAAUCCAUCCGAACGACGACAUUGUUUACGAGCUCAGUUUUGAUUUUGACUUGGUUAACAAUCACAAUUCCGCGACAUUUAAAAUAAAAAUCGACGGGGACUCCAUUGCUUUCAAAGCGUUGAGUAAGGCGGAUCGCUUACGAACAUCUUGGCUGCUUUUCGCCGCUUUAAAUGAGUAUUCAAAGGCUCCAUUGGCAUUCAUUGACUUGGAACAAAUGGACGACGAGGCUGCAACAUUGAUUUAUCCGAUCAUCCGUCGAAUGUCAGAGAAAUGUCAACUAUUUAUAGAUGUGUCUUCAGCGCGUUACUGUCCCCUAGCAAACGUGCUUUACGGGUUCAACCCGAAUUAUACAAAUGAUCGUCAACGAUUUAUGAAAGUUAUACGACACGACAGCAUUGAAUGCGGAAAUUCUGUGCGUGAUGAUGGACAGGUGCCGAAGUGGUUGAAGGAAAGGACGUCCAGUGUGAUGGACACGUCAACAAAAUUGAAGGGACCGUUGAUGAACGUGAUGAAAACGUCGCCAAACGUGAUGGAAACGUCAACAAACGUGUUGGAACCGUUGGUCAACGUGAUAAAAACGUCACCCAACGUAAUGGAAACGUCGACGAACGCUAAUUAAUACAUAAAGAAUCGAUAAUUCGAUUAACUUAAACUUGAAAACCUUUCUAAACUUUUUGUACGUACGACGUCGUAAGCUUUUAAAUCUUAAGCGUAAAUAAAUGUUCUUUG